AAUGAAGUGGCAGCUGCACUUGCAGAAGCUGGAUAUCCUAUAUUCGCAUGGCGUGGCGAGACAGAGGAAGAUUUUUGGUGGUGUAUAGAUAAAUGUGUGAAUGCUGAAAAUUGGCAACCCAAUAUGAUAUUAGACGACGGAGGAGACGCUACACAUCUUAUGUUAAAAAAAUAUCCUGCAAUGUUUAAACUAAUAAAAGGUAUAGUAGAAGAAAGUGUGACGGGCGUACAUCGUUUGUAUCAGUUAUCUAAAGGUGGAAAACUUACUGUUCCUGCUAUGAACGUCAAUGACUCUGUAACUAAGACUAAAUAUGAUAAUUUAUAUAGUUGCCGUGAAUCAAUUAUUGACAGUUUGAAACGUUCUACAGACGUAAUGUUUGGUGGAAAGCAGGUUGUAAUUUGCGGUUAUGGUGAAGUCGGAAAAGGAUGUUCUCAAGCUUUAAAAGGAUUUGGCUGUGUGGUUUAUGUAACAGAAAUAGAUCCUAUCUGUGCAUUGCAAGCAAGGUAA